GUUGAAGCGAGUUAUUGUUUGUAGUAUGCUCCUGUUUAGUUUUUCACACUGAUUCCACUUACACCAACGACCAUUGCAUUCAUUCGCAAUAAAUGUUAAGGUAAUAUUGAAGCUAUAAGGUGAAUAACGGGUUUCGGGUUGCUCGAGUUGCAACGGGUUGCUCGGGUUGCCGAAGCGCAGGAGUUCCAAAUCUGGAACGGGUUGCCACGGGUUGCCAGGAGAAUCCUGACCCAGCGAAAUGGGGCGAAGCCGGGCGGUAUGGGGGGGCAUUUGUACGCUCGAAGUUAGGAAAUCGAGAAGAGCGCAGCUUUUUUUUUUUUUUGCUCUUGAAAGAGAAAGGGGCAGCCACGUGCGAAGGGCUCUGCAGGCUUUCGGGCUCUUCUUUUGUAGCGUGCGGACGCGUGUUUGAAGCGAAAACAAGGAGCGCAGGCCCCUGCUCUCUGUUGUUUUUUUUGGGGUGAGUGGCGCUGUGGUGUGUCGUCUUCGAGUCGUUGGCGAUCUCUCCCUUUUUUCUUCGGGUGCGAGCGUGGCCAAUCUACUUGGGGGCUGAGAGCGAGUUUCCGCCUGCUUGCUUCAGCGGGCGAGGUGUCCAGUCUUGGGCAUAGCAGUAAGCAUACUGGAGGGGGUUGCUGAAUUGAAAUGGAUUGGCGCGCUAUCUAUUUAUAUACGAGCGCGCCGCCAUCAGUAUGCAACUACGGCGCGGCGCGUGGUCGUGUCGUGCGCUCCUGUUAAGGUCUCUCGUAGGGUCAUAAAUCUGCGCCCGAAGGGCGCCGCGCAAAGAAUUUGGGUUGGCAACUCGAGCAACCCGAGCAACCCGACCCGAUAUGGGUCAAAAGGAACCUAACUCUAAUACUCUUUUCCUCCUUCUCGUCCAGCUUGUUGUGAAGAAAAUUGUACAGCUAGAGAAGAUUGCCAUUGCGGACUAUCAUGUGACAAAAGGACAGGAGCGCAUUUUCUGAGCUACAAAAAGUAGAAGAGCGAGCAUAAGAUUCACCAUAGCUUGAACACCAUAAUUUUACUUCAGCGACUUCUAUACAUCCCGUGCUGCUGCUGUCGUAAAUUACUAGUUCGAUUUUCCAUCACAUCCCAGUGGUGAAAAGGUAUCUCGUCAUUGUCAAGCGGGAACUGGAACAUACGAGGAAAUGCAUCUGUAACCGCUCAUACUAGGAAUGAAAGAAGAUUACAAAAAUGUGAAUUGGGUUUACUAGCUCUACCACUUGUUAU